AUGAGCCUCCAAACAGCAGACAUAAGAUCGAUCAACACGGAUCGAUCCACCGGAUCCUCCGAGUCGGACAUUCUCUUCUUCCCUACCACCUCUUCCUCCUCCGCUCGCAACUCUGCCGAUGUCCCUCCCAGCAAGCUCUCAUCCGACACAAUACGAGCCUCCUCUCCCACUUCCAAACCAACUUCACCCUUACGGCACACAAUCGACGAUGGCGCCGAAGAAGAUCUUGUCUACGUUGCUGAAAACCAGCCCCUAACCUCACACACACCGGGCAGUGGUCCUUCCAGCCCGUACCACGACGGUCCGCCCCCUUCAUCCGGCACUGGCCACCGCACACCAUCAAGCACAUUCGGUCAUACCCUAGACCCAGGCGCAUAUUGGCGAUUAGCAGAACAAGCGUCUACCAUCCCUUCCACUCGCUCACUCGAACGGUCCACUGGUGGAACAUUAGAGGAGAGAAGAGAUGCGUAUUGGAGAGCCUCGAUCGUCAAUGUACUGCUGAUACUAAGCUGGUAUACAUUCUCAACGUUGAUUUCCGUGUAUAACAAAUGGAUGUUCAGUACAGACAACAAGAACUUUUCUUUCCCGCUCUUCGUCACGAGCUUUCAUAUGCUUAUGCAGUUCAUACUCUCUUCCACUGCUAUGCGGCUCUUUCCCAAGCUGAUACCGCGCAAGCCAAAUGGAGCGACAUCUAGACCAUCAGCAAUAGAUUGGACUACGAAGGUGGUCCCUUGUGCACUCGCAACCGCUUUGGACAUCGGUCUUUCCAACACAUCCCUAAAAAGCAUCACUUUGACGUUUUAUACGAUGUGCAAAUCUUCCAAUCUCGCAUUCGUCUUGUUCUUCGCCUUCCUGUUUGGCCUCGAAAUCAUCCGAUGGUCCCUUAUUGGCAUCAUAUCGCUCAUUACCGUGGGAGUAGUAAUGAUGGUCGCAGCAGAAACCAAGUUUGUCCUCGUCGGUGCAGUUCAAGUCCUCUCUGCGUCCAUGUUGGGCGGUUUACGAUGGGCAUUAACGCAAAUGCUACUAGACAGGGAUGAAAUGGGGAUGAACAAUCCUAUAGCCACCAUCUUUUGGCUUUCUCCCAUUAUGGCCAUCUCCCUCAUCUCCCUUUCGGCUGGCUUUGAAUCAUGGCAUAGUAUCUUUGCCAGUAAAUCAGGAUAUUUCGAUACGUGGGCGCACGGAGCGGGGACGAUGGGAUUGAUUGCUGCACCGGGAGCGUUGGCUUUUGGGAUGAACUUGGCCGAGUUUGCUCUGAUUAAGAGGACUAGUGUGGUAACACUGAGUGUAGCCGGUAUUUUCAAGGAGGUGCUGACUAUUGCGCUGGCUAGUAGUGUCUUUGGGGAUGAAUUGACGCCGAUUAAUAUUACUGGCUUAUGCAUCACACUUUUCGGUAUUGGGCUGUACAACUACCUCAAGUACAGGCUCAUCACACGAGGAGCAGACUCAGUAGGGCAAGAGAUCUCAGGUCUAAAUGAGCUCGGGGAGAGCAUACGUAGUCGCGCUAGCUCGAUCUUCUGUGGCACCGCCAACACCUCCUCCAACGCAAGAGGCGGAGCAUCACGAGGCUACCAACAUCUCGGAGGCGGCGUUGGCGACGAUGAAAGUAGCCUGCUUUUCGAUCAAGAUCAAGAACGUGGGAAAACAGGAGUCAGGCGGAAGAAUACAGGAGAAUCAGAUGCGUUGGAAUUAGACACUCAACGUGUAUCUCAAGAGAUCAUCUCUCGACCUUAUGCUCCACCUACGACGGAAGAGGAUAGGGAGAGGGAGAGGGAGAGGGAGAGGUUGAGGAAGAUAGAAGAAGAAGCCGAUCUAGAUGGAUGGGGUACUUCGGGAGAGACGCUUACGGGACAGGGAUUGGUUGAGGAACACCAUCAUGCGACAUUCAAAUAG